GAGGGUUGUUUGAAAGCAAAGAGGCAACUUCUGUCAACAUGUUUUAAAUAAAACGACCUACCUGAGUCGGUAAAAUGCCUUAUCUUCCAAAUUAGAUGAUACUAAUGUUGAUACAUUAUUGCCUUCUUGAGACUUUUAAUCUGAAGGUAAACAAACUUGAGAUGCUAGCUUACUGUUAGCUAGCUGCUGCUCUCUGUGUAGCUUCUUGGACUAUUCUUUCCGUUAAAUGGUGACCCACUGUGCCACAAAAUAAGGUUAUUUCUUGACAGCAGGUUAACACGACCUGGCAACAUGGCGAGCGUGCAUGAGAGUUUGUAUUUCAACCCUAUGAUGACGAACGGAGUGGUCCACGCUAACGUGUUUGGGAUCAAAGACUGGGUGACUCCGUAUAAAAUAUCCGUCCUGGCGCUGCUGUACGACAUGACUGCGUCUAAAACCACUCUGCCCGAGAGAAGGAGGCUUAACAAACUCAUCCUACCUUUGCAGCAGGGUCCAGACCUGACUCUUGGCCAAUUCCUGAAGACUGUGGAGGAGUGUUGCCCUCAGACUGCUUAUGCUGUCAAACAAAGGCUGCAGGAAAUGGCAGAUGGAGAGCUGAAAGACAUGGAGUACUUCUUUUCUACUCUUCCCACUCCAUUCACUGCUUUUGAUUCUGAGGCUUAUAAAACCAGUGUUGUAGGUCUUUUUAUGAGACACAUGCUUCUGGCCUACAACAAGCUGUCUUUCAGUCAGGUCUACAAGCUGUACAAGUCCCUGCAGCUCUACUACCACAGUCACUACGCCAAGCCUGCUGACGGGCGGGUCAGUUUGCCGGCGCUGGUCGCUGACGACUCAGACAUGGACCUCACCAGCACUGAGGAUACUGUGGGAGACCGGAUAGACAGAGAGGAGCUGGACACCCCACUGCAUGAGUCAGAGCUUCGGAAUGACAAUACUCCAAGCAGUGGCCCUCUGUCACAGAAACAAGCUGAGUACUUUCUUGCAAGACAGGCUUAUCUUCUGAAGAACGAUGAGAACAAAGCUCUAAAGCCUGCUGCGCUGCAGGAAGAGCUCAACAACAUGCUGAAGUUUAACCCGGACUUUGCUGAGGCUCAUUAUUUAAACUACCUGAACAGCAUGAGAGUCCAGGACAUCUUCCUCUCCGCCCACUGUCUCUUACAUUAUUUUGACCGCCUCAUCCUGUCUGGUAAUGAAGGAAAGAGCAACGGGGACGAGGGCUACGGCCGAAGUCUCCGCUACGCAGCUCUCAACCUGGCUAGCCUGCAUUGUCGCUUCGGCCACUAUCAGCAGGCUGAUCUGGCUCUACAGGAAGCCAUCCGCAUUGCCCAGGAGUCCAACGAUCACGUGUGCUUGCAGCACUGUCUGAGUUGGCUGUACACCCUGGAGCAGAUGAAGGGAUCUGACAGCACGGUGCUGACGGAGGACUCCGUGAAAAUGGCUGCCCAUUUCUGCCUGCCAUACCUGGCCUCUCUGGGCAUUCAGUCUCUGGUCCAGCAGGGGGCGACACAGGGGAAGACAGCCCACAAACUGAUGGACGCUCUGAAGGACACUGACAUCCUGCACUGGAAGCACAGCCUCUCGGAGCUGAUCGAGAUCAGCCUGGCCCAGACUACGUCCAUAUGGAGGAUGUACGGCAAGAGCACCAUGGCUCUGCAGCAGGCCCAGCUGCUUCUCAACAUGAGCAGUCUGGAGCAAGUCAACUUCGGGGUCCAGCAGAACAACACGGAGGCGUUCGCUGUGGCUCUUUGCCACCUGGCCGAGCUGCACGCUGAGCAGGGCCUGUACUGUGCCGUUUCAGACAUUCUCCAGCAUCUGAAAGAACAGUUUCCUCCUCACUCCCAGCAUGCAAAGCUCUGGAUGCUGUGUGAUCUGAAAAUCCAGUUUGACAGACACAUGAACGAAGGGAAAUACCAUUUGGCAGAGCCACUAGUCACAGCCAUCUCUGCCUUAAACAAAACAGAAGGUCUCUACAGGAAAGCUCAAGUUCUGAAGGCUCUGAACCGCAGCACUGAGGCGUACAGCGUCUUGCAGCGGCUGCAGGUGCACUGUGAGAGGACUAAAUGCACAGAGGUGGUCAUCAGAGUUAUGCUUUCCACCGCUGAGCUCCACUGGGAGUCGUGUGGCUUCUCCACAGCUCUCCCUCUCCUCCUGCAGGCCCUGGCUCUGGCCAGGCAGCACCACCUCCAGUCCCUGGCCUCAGAGACCAUCCUGCACCUGGCCUUCACUCAGCUGAUGUUGGGAGUUCCUGAGCACGCUCUGAGUGUUCUGCAUGAAGCCAUCGAGCCUGUUCUGGCCCACGGAUCGGUCAUGGACAAGGGCAGAGCCCUGCUGCUGACCGCACGCUGUCAGAUGGCGGUGGCUGGGUUCAGGCCAAAUGGACAAGGGCAAGCAGAUUUUCACUUGGCGGGUUUGGCCGUUGACACGCUAAAUGAGGCAGCAGGCUAUUUCUCCAAGCUGAACUGUAAGGAGCGGCUGCGGGACGUCCACUACCUGCAGGCCCUGCUCCACCGCUCCCUGGGACAAACCUCGCACUGCCACAAAAGUGCGAUGCUCUUCCGGCUGCUGGACCAGGAGCUGCAAUCCCCAGCGCCUCCAGUCUCCAUGCGACUGUAACUUCAUCCUGUCCAACAACCAACAGGAGUCAUUCUGGCUGAAAAGGACACAGCACCUCCUCUCGCUCCUGAGUUGAGUACCUGCUGCGCACCUCUAGAUGGUGACAAAGAUCUGUCCUCCUCUGUCAGCACUAAAACAUUUCAUUUGCAAAUAUUUAGGCAAUUGUGGAACUCUUUGCACGCAAUGCCUGGGUAAUAAUUAGAGAAGACAAUGUCAGUAGUCAUAUACAAGGCUGAGUUACCGGUAGUCCAAAAAUAGAUCCCUCGUCUCUGCACUCUUGUCCGGGUACAGAUUUGAAUGGUGGCCUGAUGAUAAACAUUUAACAUAGCGUGUUUAAUAACACUUCAACCCCAGCAACACUCCAGGAUUGUCAGACAGACAUAACAUGCCUCCCCACAAAAGGUUGAAAGUGUAUCGGGUGCUGUCACGGCUGUGCUGAUUUACCCGCCGCUUCAUGAUGAAUGAAGGUAAUAUCACAGUUAGCCACAAGAUGAAUGUGUUUCUGUGGCCAGGAUAAUUCAUAUUCCGGCUGAAGAAUACAGAUGAAGCUGGAAUCCGAAGGAGAAAAUCGUGACCACAUUUAUAAUGCAAUAGCCCUUCGAUGACAUAACACCAGAUACUAUCCGUAUUCCACUCACGUCUGUCACAAUUUGAGAUAAAGACUUUUUGUAUGAUGACAUUACAUUUAGGUGGCCUGACGGGCUUACUGGCUGCUCUUCUUUUAGGAAAAUAAACGACUUGUUUUGUCUUA